AUGGCAGGCCUUUUGUUCAAAGUCUUUACCACUCUUGUAGUGCUACUCAGCGCCUUCAUCUACCAAAUACAAUUUCCGCGCAUGGUAAGCCUCGGAUUAGGUAUCGGCCGUAAAGUCGAACUACUGAGCACGUUUCCGUACACUUGUCGACGAAUCUAUCAUGAGCGUAUCCAAGCUUGUGAGGACAUGUGGCUCUCAGAGUCGACAAGGCAACUGUUUUUGGCGUGCUCUGAUCCACUGGCAAGAGCCAGAUGGAUGCCAACCAUGGGCCAUUUCAAUGUUUCAGCUCGGGGAAUGAGUGAUGCUAUCUUGGUGCUCGACAUAGAUGACCUGGCUUCCGACAGUGAAGUCAUGCCCCGCGUCCUUGAUACGCCUGGGUUUCCGGGAACGAACGGCGACGGUCGUCUUUAUCUUUCCGGCUUCUCAGGAUCGGAUGAUGAAGACGGAAGCGUGCGGCUCUGGGUCGUUAACCUGAAGCCGUCUGUCGAUCCCGUAACCAAGGACUUCCUCGAUCAUGCCAAGUUUGGGGCGAACACCACGAUUGAGCUUUUCCGUACUGGUAGUAAAGCAGAGAAGUUGGACCAUUUAAAGACGUUCGUACAUCCGCAGAUUGUCAACCCGAACAGAGUCGCCGCAGUUGGUGGUAAUAGCAAUGCUUUCUACUUCACGAACGAUCACGGCACAAUCAAGACCGGCUUAAAAUUUCACAUCUCACCCCUUAUCGGAACAGGUGACGUCUCAUAUUGUGACGAGACGUCAUGCCGACAGGUUGCGUCCAGUCUCAAGUUUCCCAAUGGCUUAGCUAAAGGCGGAGACGGUCGGAUAUACGUUCCUAGUUCAAUGCUUGGACUGAUCGACAUCUUCCAGCCUCAGAUCAACGGAGACCUUGUGAAGGUAGACAGCAUCAAUGCAAACUAUGUGUUGGAUAAUCUCUCUCCAGAUCGCAAUGGGAAUAUAUAUGCAGCCGCUAUUCCGGACGCAAUGAAAUUCUUUGCGGCAAACAAAGACCCAUUGAACAAGAAUGCUCCGACAACGGCACUGAAGAUUACCAAGAAUGCAAAAGGUCAAUACGAGGUCAGCAAGGAAAUUGAGGAUGGAAUGAACGAAGUACUCCCUGGAGCCACGACGGUGUUGCAUGAUUAUAAAACAGGCAGACUGUUCUUCUCGGGCGUCUAUGCUCCUUACAUGGCUGUAUGCGAGCGGAGAUAA